AUGUCUGUGCUUCCGGCUCUUCUCGCCAUCCUCCUAGCCAGCUUGCCCUCCACCACGGCUGCUCGUAGCGGCAUUGGAGGCGAAAAGCAGCUCUACACAUCGUCUGCAGUCUACUGUAGUCCACCCGAGGCCAUCUUGAUAUCCGCCCUCGACCUCAAAUUCUACCAAGAGAACCGCACGCUCGAAUUCGACAUUUCAGCCUCCUCGGUCGCCGACGACCUCCGAGUCUCUGUCUCCAUCAACGUCAACGCAUACGGGCUCGGCCUCUUUUCUCUCACCAUCGACCUCUGCGACACCAUUCCAGCGCUCUGCCCGUUGCCCACAUAUCAGUUCGCAGGCGCCGGCGUCUUUGCCGUACCCGAGCAAUUCGUCCAAAAGAUCCCCGCCAUUGCAUUCAACGUCCCCAAUCUCGAGGCGGUCGCAACCGUCGAGCUCACUGAUACCUCCAACAACUUCGUCGUCGGCUGCGUUCAGGCUACGCUCUCCAACGGCAAGACCACAUACCAGCCUGCUGCCAAGUAUGCCGUGCUUGGCGUGUUCCUGCUCGCUGUCAUCAGCUCGCUCCUUCACACGUCGCUCGCCGCCAGCCUCGGCGCAGCACAAUGGCGCGUCGUCGAUGUCUUCACCACCAUUCAGCAUAUUCCAAUGUCUGCACUGCUGUCUCUGAACUAUCCGCAGGUCUUCCUCGAGUUUGCCCGCAACUUUGCAUGGUCCGUCGGUCUCAUCGACAUCCCCGCCGUGCAGAGAUCCAUCCUCUCGACACGCGAAAAGACCGGAGGCACUCAGGACGGCAUCUUUGGCGCCCUCCUCACAGCUGAGAGUGGCAAGCGAUUCAACCCCUUCACCACCGCGGGCGUCGCGUCGGGUGCCUCUUCAGCUUUCACUUCGACGCGACCCUUCUCUUUCCUCAGCCUCCCUCAAGGCGCUCAAGGCCUGAAUGGAGUUGCUCAGCAGGCCAACGCGAGCGGAGCCGCUGCCGCCUACAGUCGAUUGGCCGAGCCCAUUAGGUUCCACAUGACCAAUCUGGGCAAGCGUCAAAUCUACGCUCCUAAUACCGGCCCCGGCGGCCAGAUCGAUCAGAACGUCGGCUCCGAUUACCUUCCGGUCAUCUCUUCCAGCACGCCAUCACCCAACGGACUGGGCUACUUUGCUGAGCUCAACAACAUUUCGCCUUCCAGCGCGUUCCUCACGGUCCUCGUCAGCUUGGCUAUGCUCUUCGCCGCUCUCCUUGCCAUCUGCAUCAUCGUCUACCUGUUCGCUGCGGUUCUUCACCUGGCCACACGACGCCGACAUGGUCGAGUGGCUGCCUGGUCGUCGCGUUUGGCGGGCCGGUCGUUCUUCGGCACGUUCUCCCGCCCACUCUUUGGUCGCUUCCUCAUGGCCACUUUCCAGGUCUAUCUAGUUUUCGCCUUUUGGCAGUGGCUUCGUGGCGAUUCGUGGGUGCCCGACUUGCUCGCCGCCGUCAUCCUGGUGGUCUACCUUGCCGGCAUCGCACUCAUCUAUGCGCCCGUCUUUGUCGCUUCUCGCAGAGUCGGCAAGGAAGAGCUCUUCUACGGUGACACGCCUCCCGCAAACGCCGGACGCACAGCGACCAGGUGGGGCGCCAUCGCGCAUCCUUUCCGUCCACGCUUCUUCUGGUUCGGCCUCGUCUUUUUGCUCGUCUACUUCAUCCGCGCCUGUUUCAUCAGCUUCGCCCAGGGAUACGGUCACGGCCUGCGACAAUCGAUCGGACUCGCUGCGACGGACCUGCUCUUCUUCCUCGCGCUCUGCAUCUGCCGUCCCGGUCGCGACAAGACGAGCGACUUUGUCAUGAUCUUCCUCAUGGUCUUCCGCGUCAUCUCGUGGGGCAUCUGUAUCGCUUUGACGCCGCUUGCGGACAUCGAGACGAUUCCACGCGUGGUGCUGGGUUUCGCACUGAUUGUGGUGACGGGCAUUCCGAUCAUCUUCCUGUUCUUCCUAACGGUGUGGGAUCUCAUCUCGCCGUUCAUCAGGAGGAGGCAGUGGAACGCAACGAGGGUCGGUGACGCAGAGAUGAACGAGAAGCCGUCCUAUGCAUUUGGCGCCGUUGGAGCUGGCGAGGCUACUCCAGGCACGACGUACCAUGCUCAAUCCGAGGCUGUUAGCACGCCCAGCUCGACAGGCUCGGACAGUGCAUCGUCCGAGCAGAUGGGUGCUGCCUCGCAUUUGAAGCCCGACGGGCCCAUGCCAGUACGACAGAGCUCCUUGUCGCGAGAGACGCCCGUCAACCACACCGCUGCUCCGACCACAUCGUCGGCCAACGUCACCGGCCACCCAGUCGAGCACCCUGCAGCAACACCACAGCAUCUGUCGCGACCAGUCCCGUCCCACGCCAACUCGGCAGUCUCGAAUGUGUCUGGCCAGACGGUCUACUACGAGGCGAGGAGUUGA